AUGACAACGUCGUCAGCCUCGUCCUUGGCUUUGACUCCUGCAGCGUUGAGCAGUGCAAGGAGUAAUGAAGCUAGCGUAUGUUGGACACCCCCAGCGUCCGUUGAAGGAUCGACCCCCACGUGGACAGAAGGCACCCCAAGUUUCACUGAGUCUAGUAGUAGUGAACAAGGCUACCCGAUAACACCAAUGCGUGGUGCAACCCCGAGCUCCGGGCGUCGGUCCCCGCGCCCCGCGCCGCCGCCCCGCGCGACCCCUAUCAACUGCCUCACUACUGAAGUGGUUGAAAUCGCACAUCUAACCUCUGAGACAUCGAACAUCUCUAUAUCGACAUACGAAGUUCAUCAGCUAAUGCAAAGCGAAGAAAAGUUUAGC